AUGUCUGUGAUCAAUCCUGCCUUCAAGAUACCAGAAUCACUGCCUUAUGAUACCUCUGAAUUUACUUUCAAGGAUCUUGCAGACAUAAAUGAUUCACAUGUUGCAUACAAACUGCCACUAGCUGUUAUAGGACAUAUAGAUCUAAACGCAUUUUUUGCACAGGUUGAGCAGAUUAGACUCGGAUACACUAGAGAUGAUCCUGUAGUGUGUGUGCAAUGGUCAUCUUUAAUAGCAGUAUCCUAUGCAGCAAGGAAGUAUGGUAUAGGAAGGUUAGAUAGUAUUAAAAGUGCUAGAGCCAAAUGCCCCAAUGUCAUCUUAGCGCAUGCGGCUGUGUUCAAGCAAGGAGAAUCGCAUUGGGCAUACGUUGAUGGAUUACCAUCACAAAUAACCCACAAAGUUCUGUUAGACCCGUAUCGUAGAGAAAGUAGGAAGAUUAUACUGAUAUUCAAUCAGGAAUGUGAUUUAGUUGAAAAAGCGAGUGUUGAUGAAAGUUAUUUGGACCUUGGAAGGUUAAUAUACGAACGAUUGUAUAAAGAUUACCCACAAUUAUUUGAAAACCUUAGUAGUGAAAGUUUUAAGAAGGAUUCUAAGUUACCCCCAAUACCGAAAGAGCAUCUCAACCUAAAGAUCUACGGUAUAUCAGAAUCAGAAUGUUACACUGUUUCUGAUUGGGAUGAUGUUUGCAUGUGCAUUGGAUCCGAAAUUAUUUACAAUGUAAGACAGGAAGUAUUCAAGAUUUUGGGAUACACAACGUCGGGAGGAGUUGGACGGAAUAAAUUCAUUGCGAAACUAGCUGGAGGAGUAUACAAACCAGAUAAUCUUGGAGUUGUAUUCAAUAAAAAUGUAGAGACAUUCUUAAAUAGAUUUGAGUUAACUGAUAUUGGGGGUAUGGGAGGCAAGACAGGAGAAGAAGUACUUUAUAAAUUGAAUGUAAAAGAUAUUGCAGGCGAAGAUAAGUCUUCCAUAACUAAGAUAAGAGAUAAUUUUUCAUUGCAUGAUCUUAAAUCAGAUUUGAAAGAUGAUGAAAUAGCCGAGAAGGUAUAUAAUCUUGUUCGAGGCAAUCAACCAAAGGAGUUGACAUUGAAAGUAGAAGUGAAAUCAAUGAUGUCAAGGAAAAACUUCCCCGGCAAACCCGUAGCUAAUUUGAAAGAUGCGUAUGAUUGGAUCAAGGUCUUUGUUGGAGAUUUGAAAAACAGGCUAAUAGAGCUGGAUGAUGAAAGCAUGAAUAUACUGUCACUGCAAUAUGAAAAGCAAAGACCAACCAUUCGUCGGCCGAAAACAGUGUCUUUACACUUUGGGACGACUGAUUAUCAAUCGCAUUCAAAACAGACAACAAUUGCGCCGAUGAAAGACCUUGAAAAGUUUGAAGAAUUGCUUGAAGUAACUGCUUUGAGACUACUUAAAGAGUUAUUAGAUUCCUUAAGUAGCAAUUCCAAACCAAGUAAUGGGUUCAAAAUGAAAGAUGUUACUGAAAUUACGAGGAAUAUUAAAAUUAUUGGUUCUGCUAACAUGUCACUAACGAUUUCUAACUUCGUAAAGACUUCGAACAACAAUUUGUUAGACUCUUUUAUGGCAAAACCGAGAAGCACGGACAGCCAUAAAAAAGAACUAAUGGCUUAUACUGCAAAAUCACCACUGCCACCAGUUCCAGGAAAGCAAUCUGGGCCAAAGCUCAAUUUGAGUCCUAGCUCCAGAUCACAAUCUCCUUCAAUAUUUUCCUCAUUCACAGGAAACAAGCCUACGACAGAACAGAAUAUUACCAACAAAAAAUUUCAAUCAAGAAUACAAGAGAAUGACACAAAUUCUAUCGUUGAACAACUUCAAAAAGUGCAUACUAGGAACGUACAACUCAAUGGAAAAGGUAAUUCAGCGUACUGUGAGACAUGCAAGAAAAAUAUUGAAGAGAGUGUCCCCGAACAUACUGACUUCCACGUCGCGUUAGAUUUGUCCAAGAGAUUAAAUGGUGAGGAUCAGGAUGGCCCCACUACAAAACGUGAAUCUGCCCAGAAUAAGAAAACAGAUUCUAAAAGAAGAAAAAUUAAUGAUAAGUCUCAGUCUAGACUACCGUGGGGAACAAAACAAUAG